AUGACUAGAAACCAGAAUCAAGAUGGGAACGAUAAUGCAUCAUCAUCAUCAUCAUCUAGCAGGAAGAGGUUGAAGAGUUUUGACAAGGGUGAUGUGGGAUCUUGUUCAGAUCUAAACCAUGAUGUGCUUUUUCUAGUUAUGAUGCAACUGGGAUUUAUUGAUUUUUUUGCAUUCAGUGGAGUCUGCAAGUCAUGGAGGUCACUAGCACACGCUAACAUGAACAGGUUUAUGGCAUCCAAACCACCCAUGUCUAUACGUUUCAACCGGUAUGCUGCUGAUAAUAAAGAGAUAUGGCACCUGAAUGACUUUGAAGGAAGAGAGUUCAAAAUCAUCGUUCCCCAUUCUGCUGGGAAAAUCCUUGUCAGAUGUACUUGUGGUUACCUGAUCUUCAUGGGGAAGGAAACCCACGACUUCUGGCUUGUGAAUCCUAUCACAAGGCAUGAACUUUAUUUCCCUGAUCACCUCUUAUGUGUAGUUAUAGGUGAUCAUGAAGUAAUUAUCAAGGCUAUCCUUGUCUUUUCACCUUCAAUAUCUGGGUGGGUGUUUGUUAUGUUAUAUAGAAAAGUAUCAUCGCCAUAUAGUAAAGGUAAAGGAAAAAUAUCUUUUUGUAUGGAAGGUAAACGAGGAUGGAAUCAAGUCUCCUCCACUCUCCACAUCCUUGAUUUCCAUGCUUUCAAGGGGAAGAUAUAUACCCUUCACACUGAUUUCUCUGUAUCUGAACUCAGACUCAAUCUGAAUGGGAAGCCUAAAUGGAUGUUAUUCAAAUCCAAGAAUUUUACGAAGCCAGACUUAUCACAUCCAGAGCUUGUAAGUUCUGGUGAAAACCUUUAUGUGAUGGAUCGGUUGUCACCACACAAGGUACUGGAACUAGAUUUUGGAGAAAUGAAGUGGGUGUAUCCAGAAAACACAAUAGAACAAUAUGCUUUCUUUAUUAGUGGGUGGAUGAAGUCUUCUGCUGCUAUUAAACCUGAGUUGUCAUGGGCUGGCCCACCGACACAAUACAAGACCUACAAUCACUUACUUGACACCGAUAAAAGUCGAAAACACAGUAUCAAUUAUAACUCGAUGUGGUACUUCCCCCAUGAUUGUUUAAAUGUUAAUCUCUUAGAUGAGUGA